UUGGCUGGCGUGUGGGUGUCAAACGCUGCACGGGCUCGGGUCGCUCCCGCCUCUCCAGCGUUGCCGGCGGCUGCAGCCUUGCACUCGCGCGGGCCGGGAACGGAGGGCAUGGCUUGCAGCUUCUGGGACCUGAGGAUUUGGAGGAGGAAAUGACUAUUGAACAUCUUUCUGUUCCCUCUUCAUUACGACACUGAAGCUCUUCCUAGAGUACAGACUCAGGGGAAAGAAAAGUUUCUCUUGAAGGGCUUUAUAUUUCUGACAACAGAUAAAAAUGACAACUUCAUCUAUCAGACGGCAGAUGAAAAACAUUGUGAACAAUUACUCAGAGGCUGAAAUCAAAGUUCGGGAAGCCACCUCCAAUGACCCGUGGGGCCCAUCUAGCUCUCUGAUGACCGAGAUUGCUGACCUGACCUACAAUGUGGUGGCUUUUUCGGAGAUCAUGAGCAUGGUUUGGAAGCGACUUAAUGACCAUGGCAAGAACUGGCGGCAUGUGUACAAGGCCCUGACACUGCUGGACUACCUUAUCAAAACUGGUUCUGAGCGGGUAGCCCAGCAGUGCCGUGAGAACAUCUUUGCCAUUCAGACUCUGAAGGACUUCCAGUACAUUGACCGUGAUGGCAAAGAUCAGGGUAUCAAUGUGCGAGAGAAAUCAAAGCAGCUGGUCGCUCUCCUCAAAGAUGAGGAGCGAUUGAAGACUGAGAGGGUCCAGGCUCUCAAAACCAAAGAGCGCAUGGCUCAGGUGGCCACUGGCGUGGGCAGCAACCAGAUUACCUUCGGCCGUGGCUCCAGCCAGCCCAACCUUUCUACUAGCUACUCGGAGCAGGAGUAUGGCAAGGCUGGGGGCUCACCGGCCUCCUACCAUGGCUCACCAGAGGCCUCGCUGUGCCCCCAGCACCGCACAGGGGCCAUGCUGGGUCAGAGUGAGGAGCUGCAGCCACUGAGCCAGCGCCACCCCUGCCUGCCGCACCUGGGGCUAGCCUCCCGUCCAAAUGGCGACUGGGCCCAGCCCUGCCUCACUUGUGACCGCGCAGCCCGAGCUACUUCCCCACGAGUGUCUUCAGAGCUGGAGCAGGCCCGGCCACAGACGAGUGGAGAAGAGGAGCUGCAGCUGCAGCUGGCACUUGCCAUGAGCAGAGAGGUGGCAGAACAGUCAUCAGAAAGCGUGCAGACAGCCAGAGGCAGCAAGGAAGAACGCCUCAGGCGGGGUGAUGACCUCAGAUUGCAGAUGGCUCUGGAAGAAAGCCGGAGAGACACAGUUAAAGUUCCAAAAAAGAAAGAGAUGAAGGCUUGCUGCAAGCCGGGCUCCCACUCACAGCAGACUACUUUGUUGGAUUUAAUGGAUGCCCUCCCCAGCUCAUGCCCUGUUACCCAGAAAACUGAACCCUGGGGCCCAGUGGCCUCUGCUAACCAAACCAACCCCUGGGGUGGAACAGCAGCUCCUGCAAACAUUUCCGAACCCUGGCCAUCAUUUGGUACUAAGCCAGCUGCCUCUGUGGACCCAUGGGGAGUGCCUACCACAGUCAGCACACAGUCUGUCCCUAAGAACCCAGACCCCUGGGCAGCCUCACAGCAGCCUGCCUCCAGUGCUGGGAAACCGGCAGAUGCCUGGGGACCUGCCAAGCCUGGCUCUGCCUCAGGGUCCUUUGAACUCUUCAAUAAUUUCAAUGGUACAGCUAAAGAUGACUUUUCUGAAUUUGACAACCUUCGAACUUCAAAAAAGCCAGCUGAAUCAGGGGCCUCAGUACCAUCCCAGGACAGCAGAACCACAAGUCCUGACCUCUUUGAGUCUCAACCCCUGACUUCUGCCUCCAGCAAGCCUAGCAGUGCCCGGAAAACACCUGAGUCAUUCCUGGGCCCUAAUGCAGCCCUGGUGAACCUGGACUCCCUGGUGACCAAACCUGCACCACCAGCCCAGUCCCUCAAUCCGUUUCUGGCACCAGGUGCUGCCACCCCAACCCCUGUCAACCCCUUCCAGGUUAACCAGCCCCAGCCACUGACACUGAAUCAGCUUCGGGGGAGCCCUGUCCUUGGGAGCAGUGCAUCCUUUGGAUCUGGUCCAGGGAUGGAACCUGUGGCUCCUGUGACCUCAGUAGCCCCACACUCAACAUUGGGGGCCAGUGGCUCUUCGUUAACACCACUAGGCCCUACAGCAAUGAACAUGGUAGGCAGUGUGGGCAUUCCCCCAUCAGCAACUCAGGCCACGGGCACAACCAACCCUUUCCUUCUCUAGUGCCAGGCUGGUACUUGCCUGAGUGAACACCCAGAGUGCCGAGCCCAAGGAGGUCAAGUGGGAACUCACUCUGAUUUGUGUAAUGGUCGAGAAUAUGGUGGUAGGGGUGUUAGAGCUUCAGGUCCAGCUUCCUGGUGAAAGGGUGGUUAUUAUAGUCCAGACUUUCAGGCUGGAGUACGGGUGGGAUGGCAUCCCUGUCCUAGCUGGGCCCCUGUGUCUCUUCCUAAGUGCUCAGCUCUGACUGUGCUCCACUGAGGUCUUGAACAAAGAGGUGUUAUCAGUGUUGCCCAAGACUCUGGGAUGCUGUCUAGCCCAGGACUUGGGACAGUUACAUUGUGUGCCCCACCCCCAGCAGUCCUCAGGGUGUGGACAAGGUGAAGCUCUGGCCCCACUCCACACUGACUGUUGGAAAGUGGAGUCUAAGAUAAACACUAGUGUGGGGCUCUAAGCUGACCAGAGCACAGCCCUGCCCCAUGGCUCUGUGCUUGUGCACGUUUGCACAUUUUGUUGAGUACAGUUUCAUAUUUGAGUUUGCAGAAUUAUCUAAUAGUCUUUUUUUGGCUAAUAUUUUUAUAAUGUGGUUCUUAUUUAACUGUCUAGUUUUGAUAGAAUUGACCGAGUCUGGCUGAAUUAAGGUCUUGGCAUGUAUUAUUUUAGUCUAAUUUCUCUUAUUUAUGGUUUUAACUGUAAGAAAACUUUAAAAGAAGAGAUAUUUGGAUGACAAAAAUAUGCCUUAUGGAAAACUAAGCAAAUUCUUUAUAGGAAAAAAAAUUGAGAAUUUGAUUACACAGAAAGAAUUUUAUUAAAACAAAACAAAAACUUCCAACAGUAACAAAAACCUGCAGCCUCCAGUUGCCUUUUUCCUUUUUUCAGCUCUUUUGAUGAAUUACCAAAUCAGUUGAUCCUUCAGCCUUUUGCCUAGAUCCUGAGAGGCUUUUUUGCUACUAGUAUAUUGACAUCUUAAUGUUAAAGGAAAAACAAACACGCAUGAUUGUGACUUGCCAGUUUUUAUCGACUACUUCCUUUCUUUGUACCUGGCGCACAGGGAUUGCCAGGAACUUCUGUUUACUGCACACCAGAAGUGUGGCUGGGGCCCCAUCAUGCUCAGGUUAAUGAGAUUGUGUGAAAAUGGGGGGGGGGGGCUGUGCACUUCUUGGCUCACAGGUCAUCAGGGAUGGUCCCCAAACUGAGUUAGGACAGGGACUGACUCUGAUGUGUGCUGCCAGCACCACUCAGACUGUUGACCAGGAAGUGAUCAUAUCUUAUGUUGGAGAUGAAAAAGAAUGUCCACAUGGCGUCCAUUUUUAACAGACGCGCACUGAUGCUAUAUUCUCUGCCGACCUCCUGAUCCCUCACUCUACUCACUGCUAAGGAAAGUAUUAAAUCCUGAAUUAGAGACCACAGACUUGCUUUUCCUCAGAGAAAGGGUUGCCCCUUCUCGGUCCUGGCAGUUUGUGUGGCUGGCCUUUCUGCCCUGUCUCACUAUAUGAACUUCUUACUUCAAGGGCGCCCAACCCCAUGCCAGCCCCUCUGCAUCCGGGGAAAGUUUUGGUCCUCAGCAUCUACAUGGUUGACUGAGUGGUUCCUGCUUGAGGAGGACUGCACUCAAGCCCCUCCUGAGUCUGAGAGCCCACAUGCUGCUCCUAGGCCCCCGCAGACCAAGGUCCCUUCCUAAUUACAUGCUCCUCCCAGGACUAGAGGCCUACGGGUGGGCUUGGGCUCUGCUGUUGCGGAAGGCUGAUGACUGGGCACCUGCUUGGGAGAGGUGGAGACUUCAUGGGACAGGGGAGACAGGGCAAUGUUUCAGAUGGCACUUCCUUUGGAUUGGAUAUGCCAGGUCCAGAUCUGCCUGCUGAGGGCCGGUGAUUCUGCUGCAGAAGAUGAGAGUCCUUCUGACUGAGGCCCCACCCCAAUAGCCACUGGGUUCCCUCCUCCCACAGGAUAUCCAGCGCAUGUCCCUGUUACCCACUGCACUGAUCAUGAAGCCACUGGCCACUGCCCUGUGUGUUGCACACGUGCCCCCAUGCCCUUCCUGACGGACACCCUAGGGAAGUUAUCCAGCUAUUCCUCAGACCCGGGGCUGGUGGUUGGUUUUGGAUUUGUGUUGACUGUUGAUACUUAUUUACUGUAUAAAUAUAAUUUAUCAUUUGUAUCAUGA